AUGAGGUCCAUCGCUAGGAACAAAGUCAAGGUUAAUUCAAACACUGGGAUUCUACCUCCUAUACAGCGCAGCAGGUUAGAAAAGAUAAGAAAGGAGUCAAAAAGUUGGGUCCUGAUAUGGUCUGGUGACACAGAGUAUGAGAAAUUUAAAGUUCAUGGCUGGCCAACUAACAUAGUUGUGGAUUUGAAAAAGAGGCUCUGCAUAAGUAGUUUUUUGAAAAUUGAGUGGAGUGGGAUAGGGAUGCCAUAUGUGCAUACUUGUGCUGCAUUGGCAAGGGCUGGUAAAAGACCAGAUGAGUUUUGUCAUCAGUGGUUGCCAAUGGAAGUAUAUAAUAACAUAUAUGCCUUCUAUAUCAAUCCAAUUUCAGGUCAAGCACUAUGGAAAAAGUUACCAUAUAACAGACUACAAACACUAAAGUUUAGAAAGAAGCCAGGUCCACUUAAAAAAAGAAGAAAGGAUGCAUAUGAGGAGUCAAGUGGGAGUAAGAAGCAGAAGACCAAGAUGAAAAGAAUUUAUAAAAAAGAUUGUUGUCGUUAUUGUGGUGAAUCACGACACACCAAAAGAAACUGUGCAAAGAAAGCUGCUGAUGAGGAGGCUAUUGCUGCUGCUAAUGGUGGUGAAGGUGAGGCCAAAUCUGCUCCAGAUGGUAAAGGUCAUAAAUCAAAGAAUCAGCAUCCCAAUUGGAAGGAAACAAAAACUAGUUUAUUGGAAUUGAAGCCUUACACUCGCAGAGUGACACGAGCCAUCAUCCAUUCAUCCCUUCAUCUUUCUGAAAGACAUUGCUCUUCGCCUCUUCCCUGUUCCCUCUCUGAGAAAGGAAAGAGGAGACAAACCCUAGCAUUCACCGCCGCUGCCGCUCUUCUCACCGCCGUCAUCCCACCAUCGUUUAGUCGUCCUCCACCGUCCCCUCUGCUGUGUUCUCCAACGCCUCUGCUCAUUCGCCAACUUCUUCGUGUCGCAUCGCCAGCUCCAGUUCGGAAGUUCGUCGCCCAUCGUCCGUGGUUGUCCGUCGUACAUCGCCGCCGGCGUUCUUGCUCCCUCUCCCUCAUACUCUGCUCACUUCUCAGACCGAAGAUCAGCCCUAUGCUUCUUCCUCAUGAUCCUUCAUCUCAUGUCUCUUUCUCUCAUUGGUCCAUGGCUGCUGGUUCACUUUCUUGGAAUGUAUCAGCCUUCUUCUGUUGCCACCAAUCAUCUGUCACUGUGGUCGCAAAAGAACAGCGAAUUGGGAUCCGCAAAUUGGUAAUCUUGCGGUGUAAAGGCCUGGACGGCUAUCGAGACCGUUCUUCCUUUGCAAAAAAAUCUGACAUUGUUUUUCAUGAUAUGAAUGUUGAUGAUUGCCUGCCCAAAAUGUCUACUUUGUCUGCAGAGAUGUUAUACUAUGCAGAGAGUGGCUUCAUUCCUCAAGCGCACACUAUAUGGGAGCAACUUGUUAACAGUUCUUUUGUACCAUCAAUUAAAUUCAUCUCGAAAUUGUUUGAUGGUUAUGAAAAGCACAGGAAUUUCAAUGGCGUGCUUGAGAUUCUACAUUAUGUCAGUUGGAGAAAUUUUGGCAUAUUACCUCAUGUUUACUCUUUGGCUAUCUCAUGCUUUGGAAGAGGAGGACAGCUUGAGUUGAUGGAAGAAACUGUAAAGGAAAUGGUUUCGAGGGGUUUCCGUAUUGGUUCCAAGACUGGUAAUGCUUUCCUUUUGUAUUACUGUCUUUUUGGUUCUUUGAAAGAGAUGGAGAAUGCAUAUGCACGCGUUAAGAGAUCUGGAUUUAUGAUAAACGAGGAAGCAAUCAGGGCCAUGGCCUCUGCAUAUAUAAGGGAGAGAAAAUUCUAUCAUUUGGGUGAGUUCCUAAGAGAUGUGGGUCUAGGCAGGAAAAAUGUGGGGAACCUUUUAUGGAAUCUUAUGCUACUUUCUUAUGCUGCCAAUUUUAAAAUGAAAAGCUUGCAGCGAGAAUUUCUCAGAAUGGUGGAAGCUGGAUUCCGGCCCGACGUUACAACCUUUAAUAUUCGUGCUCUGGCCUUUUCAAGGAUGUCUUUGUUCUGGGACCUUCACCUCAGCAUCGAACAUAUGGUAGAUGCGAAAGUGAUCCCUGAUCUGGUGAUAUAUGGCUGUGUAGUUGAUGCAUACUUGGAUAAAAAGCUUGGAAAAAACCUGUACUUUGCUUUAAACAAGUUGAACUUGGAUCAUUCUCCGCAAUUAUUAACUGAUCCACUUGUGUUUGAGGCUUUUGGUAAAGGGGACUUUCAUACGAGUGCAGAAGCAUUUUUGGAGUUCAAGACGCACAGACAGUGGACUUACAGGGUUCUAGUACAAAAAUAUCUUAAAAGAUAUUACCGGAGAGACCAGAUAUUUUGGAACUACUAAUUAAUUGGCAGAUGUUUUAUACUGUACAAUGUCUGGCUAGGAUGUUAGUUAGAAUAACAAGCUGAGUUGCAGGCUUGCAGUUUCUGCAACAAAUCGACUUACUUCUCUGUGUUCUUAUGACAAGAGCUAAGUCUUACUUGUAAAUAACAUGUAGUUAACUUGAAAUAAGCUUUCACUGAUCAAGGAUUCACUUGAGUCGAUGUUUAGUUAAAACAAUAUGAUUUGAUAGUAUA